AUGCACUGUAAUCUCAGUCUUAGUGUUGAACAACAAAUCCAAAAUGAUUUGAGAAAAUUUUGGGAAUUAGAACAAACCGAAUGUUUACCUGGAAUCCUAUCGGAAGAAGAAAUUGCGUAUGAGAAUCAUUUUAAAAAACAUUUUAAGCGUAACGAUAAUGGGGCGUUCGUAGUGAAACUGUCAUUAAAAAUGGAUAUUGACAAGUUAGGUAGCUCACUGUAUGAAGCUAAAAAGCGAUUGCUUGAUCUAGAACGCAGACUAAAUAAUAACGAUGCUUAUGAAAAAUUAUAUAGUGACUUUAUUGAUGAGUAUAUUCAAUUGGGGCACAUGUCUAAAGUAAGCAAAUCAGAAAGUGAUACAUAUUCAGAUUAUUAUAUGAGCCAUCACGGUGUUUAUAGAGAAGACGCUAUCACUACUUCUUUAAAAGUUAUUUUUGACGCGUCGUUGCCCAGCUGCACGGGUUUUUCGUUAAACAAUAUAUUAAUGAUUGGACCAACUACCCAACAAGAUUUGUUUUCCAUUCUAGUACGUUUUAGGCAGCACAGCAUAGUUAUUGCCGCUGACUGUACAAAAAUGUACAGAUCAGUAUUAGUAGCACCCGAAGAUAGACAUUUGCAGAAAAUUCUGUGGCGAUUCAGUGAUAACGAACCAAUUGAUACUUAUCAGUUGAAUACUUUGACAUACGGAACUGCACCUGCUUCAUUUUUAGCAAUCAGGUGUUUAUUUGAAAUUAAUAAUAACGUCCAAACGGAAUAUCCAGAUAUUGUUGACAUUAUAAAAAAUGAUUGUUAUGUAGAUGAUUCAUUGAUAGGCGCGGAUUCGGUUCGAGAAGCGAGAAGAGUAACGGAAUUGGUUUUAAGGUAUUAA